CAUGAUGCAACGACUUAUUGCGACGUGCGCGCCGAAUUUUACUAUUUAUUAUUCAGUCUGUGGGGUAGGGGACUUUGGGUUGGAUGUGUGUAAACUCUUCUUGUGUUUGACUACACAUCAAUCAGGAGCAAGAAAUCUUAUCAUUCGGGCGAACUCUUUUGAUGAUUUAUUGUCAGCGAAAUUCUACACGGGCACUUUGAAUGCGACUUUUUCAGGAGUCCCGGGAGGCGGGAGCGAUUCUGUCCCAACAAUAUGGACACCUUAUUGGGACUCCCGGGAAUUUGUUUUCGGGAAUGGGAAUCCCCAGGAAAAUUUUGCUAAGACACCACUUGGGAGCGGUCGGGAAAAGGAAAAUUUUCUCGGGAACGGGACUCCUCGGGAGCAAAAUUUACUCCCGAUGGACUCACUUUUGAAUACGACCACACCAACAAGACCACACCCCCGUGAAUUCAAACAACAUAAUAAGCAUAGGAAGAACAGAAGAAAAAAGACAACUUCUUGCCUCCACACUCCACAUCCAAAAACCAAACAAACCAAAGUGCCAUCUUCUCCAUUGUCUGGGAUCUUUGGAAUUUGCAAAACUUGAUCGUUGGAUCACUUUGGAUGUUACUGUAUUGGUGGUAUAAAGAUGAGUUCUCCUCUAGACUGCUCUCAAAAAUUUAAGAUCCCAGAAGAGUAUGUCACGGAUAGUGAAAUUUUUACCCGUCCAUACACUGAUCAUGCUCUGAAAGUUGCUGAGAUUCGAAAGGCCAUUAAACCUCCGGUGUGUUUGCUUAUAUUAAGCGAAAACUGGACAGAUGACGUAGAAAAACUGGACUUCAACAUGACUGGUCCUGAACUGAUUGAGGCUCUAGUGAAACUGGCUGAAGAGCGAAGAUCAAAUGGCUUGGAUCUCAUCAAAUACGUCAAUAACAAAAAUCUGGUUGACCUCAAAUUCCUCAAUAGUGGCUUACAAUACUUGGUCAGGAAAGGCUGCUAUUCUUCUCUGUCAAACAAUGUAUCAUUUGUUGUCCUUGCCAGGAAUGGGAAACACCCUUCCCCUCAAAUGCUCGCAGGGAGUAUGCCUCCCUAAUGAGAGAUCUGUGUCUCCAGGGGUUCCCUGAGGCUGAUGACGACGGCUGUGAGUCAAAUCGUUUAAAAGAAGAGCUUAUUAAGGUUGGAGUUACUGCUGUAGAAUUAGACAAUGAAAAGCGUCAACUUAAGAGGACUAGGCAGGAUUUGGAGUACAAACAGCAAAAGCUGAGCCAGCAGGUCAAUGCCUUUCUGUUGGAAAAAGAAGAAAUUUACGGAGUUGCAAUGAAACGUCAGAAAGUGAUUGAAGAAAAAGCAGAUUUUCCAAAGGUUUCUGCCGCGCCCCUGCAAAAGGUUGGUCCAUGUGGCCUAAUCAAAACUUCUGCAAUGAUGAUGACCAUCCAAGACCAGGCCAGCCAGCGCCUUACAUGGUACAAACCACCCCUCACCGUGCUGGUGGUAAAGAAAGUGAGGGACGCCUCUGUACUUCCUCCGUUCGUCCAACUGGUGAACUGGCUCAUUAUGGAGAAAAAUAUGGUGGUGUUUGUGGAGAACUCGGUCAUGGACGACUCGAUGCUUCAGGGAAACAGCAGCUUCCAAGUUGUCAAGGACAAGCUAAUGACAUUUCAAGAUGGCAAAGAUGAUUUGACUGACAAAAUCGACUUCAUCAUCUGCUUGGGAGGGGAUGGCACCUUGCUCCAUGCUAGCUCAUUAUUUCAACAAUCAGUGCCACCUGUGAUGGCCUUCCAUCUUGGAUCUCUUGGUUUCUUGACUCCAUUUGAGUUUGGGAACUUCAAAGAGCAAGUGAACCAUUUCCUGGAAGGCCACGCAGCCUUGAUCCUGCGCAGUCGUCUCCGCUGCUGCAUCAUGAGGAAGGAUGAAGAAAAGGGCCACGUUCCAUCUACCAAUCUUUUGGUGCUAAACGAGGUGAUCAUUGACCGAGGACCCUCGCCCUACCUGUCGAACAUUGACCUCUACCUAGACGGAAAACACAUCACCUCAGUACAAGGCGAUGGUCUGAUUGUAUCAACUCCUACUGGUAGCACCGCCUACGCAGUUGCAGCUGGCGCCUCAAUGAUCCACCCUAGUGUGCCUGCCAUCAUGGUCACUCCCAUUUGUCCUCACUCGCUAUCGUUUAGACCCAUCGUUGUCCCUGCCGGCGUGGAACUGAAGAUUUCAGUGUCUCCUGAAAGCAGAAACACAUCUUGGGUCUCAUUUGAUGGCAGAAGCAGGCAAGAAUUAAGGCAUGGAGAGAGCCUCCAUGUGAAUACCUCCAUAUACCCUCUGCCUUCAAUCUGCGCCCAGGAGCAACUGUCUGACUGGUUUGAAUCAUUGGCGGAGUGUCUGCACUGGAACUCCAGGAAGCGGCAGAGGCACCUGGAUGAACUCUAAGAUGGGUAGUAAUGUAUGCUCUCUACGCAGUUCUGCAAAAUUCCAUAGUUUACUUAAAUGUGUGAGCGGCGAGGUGAAUGCAAAAAAUGUGCCCUCUCAUAGCAUAGUUCAGUUUUAUUUUCAAAUAACUUUAAUGAGAAAAAGCAUGUAAAACUCACAUUACACUACACCUUGGAGGGUUGCCCCAAAGUCGGAGCGAUUGACUCUUCAGUCGAAAUCUCACCAUACGCUCACAGAAUUGAAUAAUCACUGUAACGUUGGUUGCUAUAUAUAAUGAUGUAUUACUUAUUAACGGGCUGUGAAGAGAAAUAUUUGCUCUCCCCCUCUCGUAUUUCCUUGAAUGGCCAAAUAUUUAGUUAUAGUUAUUGAGUUUUUCCAGCCUCAAUUUGAGGAUUUUCGGAAGUUCACAGAAAACUUGCAGAUUUUUUAACAAGAUUAAAAAAUGACCAAGCACAUUUUCUAAUGCAACCCAUGGUGUAUUCCCAUCGAUUGAUGGACAUUUUUUGUACUAACAAGUACAAUGUUUCAUUAAUGUUGGGAAAGAAUCGACAUUAUUUAAAUUGCAGUGAGAAAUAAAAUGGAAUAUAACACUAAAUCAAAACUUGAGUGUCACUUUUUGACAUUAAGAAACUCGCCGUACGUUUAAGUUUGGCUAAUAUUGACUUAUAUAUUAUUCUCAAUGGGUUUAUAUAUUUAAAUUAAACUAUUCUGGAGCUGUAAACGUAAAUGAUGCAAGUGACUGUUUAUUUUAUAGGCAUGUUAAAGGACAAGAACGCAAAGUCACUUUUUUUUAAAAAUAAAAUUGUUCAUAUAAAUUUACAGUUCAGGCAUUGCAUGUCAUGCGAAUUUUUCUUGGCGCUGCUUGGCACGGAAAAGUACGCCGCCAUAACUCCCUCCAACAAAAGCGGACGGUUAAGACAGCACAAGCAUGCACAAAAUGAACCUAAUUUUAUUAGUAAAUAUGCACAAGCUUCCUCCCCGCUGGCCAGUGGGUAUAAUACUGAAUAAGCAUCUUUUUUCAGAAUUUAGGUCUAUUUAAGUCCCCAAAUUUUGAAGGUCCACAACUGGAAAAGCAACUUUUUUCAAAAUUAAUAAGGUCUCUGUUUAAGUCGUGGGUUCCCAAAUUUUGGAGACCCACAACUGGAAAAAAUUUUUGGGACCCACGCACAAAGGUUUAAAGACCUUAAUUAUGAAAAUAUUCGCUUCCACAGUAGAGGGUCUCUAAAAUUUAGGGAUCAACGGCUAUAAAAGCAAAUUUUUUCGAAAAUAGAAAGUCUGUUUAGUCGAGGGUCUCUAAAUUUUAGAGACCCAUGACUGUAAUAGCGAAUAUUUUAAAAAGUAAGGUCUUUGAACAGUCGUGGGUCUCUAAAUUUUUGGGACCCACGACUGCAAUACAACACGACUUCAAACAUAUGUUUGAAGACCUAAAUUUGGAAAAUUUUCUCUUCGACAGUCGUGGGUCUCUGAAAUUUAGAGACCAACGACUAUAAAUGCCACUUUUUUCGAAAUGAAGGUCUGUUUAGUCGUGGGUCUCUAAAUUUUCAAGACCCACGACUGUCAUUGCAGGUAUUUUCAAAAUUAAGGUCUUUUAUCAGUCGUGUGUCUCUAAAUUUUUGGGACCGACGACGACUGUUUGAAGACGUUAAUUUUGAAAAUAUUCUCUUCGACAGUCGUGGGUCUCUAAUUUUUAGAGACCCACGACUGACAUGGCAAGUAUUUUCAAAAGUAAGGUCCUUUUAACAGAUGUGGGUCUCAAAUUUUUGGGACCCACGACUGUAAUAUGUUUGAAGACCUAAAAUUUGAAAAUUUUCUCUUCGACAGUCGUGGGUCUCUAAAAUUUAGCGACCAACGACUAUAAAUGCCAAUUUUUUUCGAAAUGAAGGUCUGUUUAGUCGUGGGUCUCUAAAUUUUAGAGACCCAACGACUGUCAUAGCAAGUAUUUUCAAAAGUAAGGUCUCUUUAUUUUAGGGUCCUACGACUGUUAACAGACCUUAAUUUUGAAAAUGUUCUCUUCAACAGUCGUGGGUCUCUGAAAUUUAGAGACCAUAGACCUUAAUUUUGAAAAUACCUGCAAGGACAGUCGUGGGUCUUGAAAAUUUAGAGACCCACGACUAAACAGACCUUCAUUUCGAAAAAAUUGGCAUUUAUAGUCGUUGGUCUUGAAAAUUUAGAGACCCACGACUAAACAGACCUUCAUUUCGAAAAAUUUGGCAUUUAUAGUCGUUGGUCUCUAAAUUUUAGAGACCCACGACUGUCGAAGAGAAAAUUUUCAAAAUUUAGGUCUUCAAACAUUGCAGUCGUGGGUCCCAAAAAUUUUGAGACCCACAACUGUUAAAAGACCUUACUUUUGAAAAUACUUGCUAUGACAGUCGUGGGUCUCUAAAAUUUAGAGACCCACGACUAAACAGACCUUCAUUUCGAAAAAAUUGGCAUUCAUAGUCGUUGGUCUUGAAAAUUUAGAGACCCACGACUGUCGAAGGGAAAAUUUUCAAAAUUUAGGUCUGUUUAGUCGUGGGUCUCUAAAUUUUAGAGACCCACGACUGUCAUAGCAAGUAUUUUCAAAAGUAAGGUCUUUUAACAGUUGUGGGUCUCAAAAUUUUUGGGACCCACGACUGCAAUGUUUGAAGACCUAAAUUUUGAAAAUUUUCUCUUCGACAGUCGUGGGUCUCUAAAAUUUAGAGACCAACGACUAUAAAUGCCAAUUUUUUCGAAAUGAAGGUCUGUUUAGUCGUGGGUCUCUAAAUUUUCAAGACCAACGACUAUAAAUGCCAAUUUUUUCGAAAUGAAGGUCUGUUUAGUCGUGGGUCUCUAAAUUUUAGAGACCCACGACUGUCAUAGCAAGUAUUUUCAAAAGUAAGGUCUCUUUAUUUUAGGGACCUACGACUGUUAACAGACCUUAAUUUUGAAAAUGUUCUCUUCAACAGUCGUGGGUCUCUGAAAUUUAGAGACCAACGACUAUAAAUGCCAAUUUUUUCGAAAUGAAUGUCUGUUUAGUCGUGGGUCUCUAAAUUUUCAAGACCAACAACUAUAAAUGCCAAUUUUUUCGAAAUGAAGGUCUGUUUAGUCGUGGGUCUCUAAAUUUUAGAGACCCACGACUUUCAUAGCAAGUAUUUUCAAAAGUAAGGUCUUUUAACAGUUGUGGGUCUCAAAAUUUUUGGGACCCACGACUGCAAUGUUUGAAGACCUAAAUUUUGAAAAUUUUCUCUUCGACAGUCGUGGGUCUCUAAAAUUCAGAGACCAACGACUAUAAAUGCCAAUUUUUUCGAAAUGAAGGUCUGUUUAGUCGUGGGUCUCUAAAUUUUCAAGACCAACGACUAUAAAUGCCAAUUUUUUCGAAAUGAAGGUCUGUUUAGUCGUGGGUCUCUAAAUUUUCAAGACCCACGACUGUCCUUGCAGGUAUUUUCAAAAUUAAGGUCUUAUAUCAGUCGUGUGUCUCUAAAUUUUUGGGACCGACGACGACUGUUUGAAGACGUUAAUUUUGAAAAUAUUCUCUUCGACAGUCGUGGGUCUCUAAUUUUUAGAGACCCACGACUGUCGGCAAGUAUUUUCAAAAGGAAGGUCUUUUAACAGAUGUGGGUCUCAAAUUUUUGGGACCCACGACUGUAAUGUUUGAAGACCUAAAUUUUGAAAAUUUUCCCUUCGACAGUCGUGGGUCUCUAAAUUUUCAAGACCAACGACUAUACAUGCCAAUUUUUUCGAAAUGAAGGUCUGUUUAGUCGUGGGUCUCUAAAUUUUAGAGACCCACGACUGUCAUAGCAAAUAUUUUCAAAAUUAAGGUCUCUUAAUUUUAGGGACCUACGACUGUUUACAGACCUUAAUUUUAAAAUGUUCUUUUCGACAGUCGUGGGUCUCUAAAAUAUAGAGACUCAUAUGACUGUCAUAGCAAAUAUUUUAAAAAGUAAGGUCUUUUAACAGUCGUGGGUCUCUAAAUUUUAUGGACCCACGACUGUUUGAAAACGUUAUUUUUGAAAAUAUUCGCUUCGACAGUCGUGGGUCUCUAAAAUUUAGAGACCAACGACUAUAAAUGCCAAUUUUUUCGAAAUGAAAGACACUAAAUUUAGUCGUGGAUCGAAAAUUUAGAGACCCACGACUGGAAAAGCAACUUUUUUCAUAAUGAAGGUCCGUUUAAGUCGUGGGUCCCCAAAUUUUGGAGACCCACGUCUAGAAAAAAAACUUUUUUUAAAAUUAAGGUCUGUUUAAGUCGUGGGUCCCGAAAUUUUGGAGACCCACGACUAGAAAAGUAACUUUUUUCAAAAUUAAGGUCUGUUUAAGUCGUGGGUUCCCAAAUUUUGGAGACCCACAACUGGUAAAGCAACUUUUUUAAAAAUUAAGGUCUGUUUAAGUCGCGGGUUCCCAAAUUUUGGAGACCCACGACUGGAAAAGUAACUUUUUUCAGAAUUAUGGUCUACUUAAGACGUGGGUACCCAAAUUUUGGAGACCACGACUGGAAACGCAACUUUUUUCAAAAUUAAGGUCUGUUUAAGUCGUGGGUUCCCAAAUUUUGGAGACCCACAACUGGAAAAGCAACUUUUUUCAAAAUUAAGGUCUGUUAAAGUCGUGGGUUCCCUAAUUUUGGAGACCCACAACUGAAAAAGCAACUUUUUUCAAAAUUAAGGUCUGUUUAAGUCGUGGGUUCCCAAAUUUUGGAGACCCACGACUGGAAAAGCAACUUUUUUCAAAAUUAAGGUCUGUUUAAGUCGUGGGUUCCCAAAUUUUGGAGACCCACGACUGGAAAAGAAACUUUUUUCAAAAUUAAGGUCUGUUUAAGUCGUGGGUCCCCAAAUUUUGGAGACCUACGACUUGGAAAGUAACUUUUUUUGAAAUUAAGGUCUGUUAAAGUCGUGGGUCCCCAAAUUUUGGAGACCGACAACUGGGAAAGCAACUUUUUUCAAAAUUAAGGUCCGUUUAAGUCGUGGGUUCCCAAAUUUUGGAGACCCACGACUGGAAAAGUAACUUUUUUCAAAAUUAAGGUCCGUUUAAGUCGUGGGUUCCCAAAUUUUGGAGACCCACGACUGGAAAAGUAACUUUUUUCAAAAUUAUGGUCUAUUUAAGACGUGGGUACCCAAAUUUUGGAGACCACGACUGGAAACGCAACUUUUUUCAAAAUUAAGGUCUGUUUAAGUCGUGGGUUCCCAAAUUUUGGAGACCCACAACUGGAAAAGCAACUUUUUUCAAAAUUAAGGUCUGUUUAAGUCGUGGGUUCCCAAAUUUCGGAGACCCCCAACUGGAAAAGCAACUUUUUUCAAAAUUAAGGUCUGUUUAAGUCGUGGGUUCCCAAAUUUCGGAGACCCCCAACUGGAAAAGCAACUUUUUUCAAAAUUAUGGUCUGUUUAAGUCGUGGGUUCCCAAAUUUUGGAGACUCACGACUGGAAAAGUAACUUUUUUCAAAAUUAUAUGGUCUGUUUAAGUCGCGGGUUUCCCAAAUUUUGGAGACCCACAACUGGAAAAGUAACUUUUUUCAAAAUUAAGGUCUGUUUAAGUCGUGGGUCCCCAAAUUUUGGAGACCCACGACUUGGAAAGUAACUUUUUUUAAAAUUAAGGUCUGUUAAAGUCGUGGGUCCCCAAAUUUUGGAGACCGACAACUGGGAAAGCAACUUUUUUCAAAAUUAAGGUCCGUUUAAGUCGUGGGUUCCCAAAUUUUGGAGACCCACGACUGGAAAAGUAACUUUUUUCAAAAUUAAGGUCCGUUUAAGUCGUGGGUUCCCAAAUUUUGGAGACCCACGACUGGAAAAGUAACUUUUUUCAAUACUUCGGACUGUUUAAGUGCCAAUGUAACAAAAAAGCUUCAUCCCUAGUGCAUUCAGGACAUUUUUUUUUUUUUUUAAUAAUAAUCAUCAUAUUUAUAUAUUGAUGGUGGAUCCAGGAAUGAUUUGGGUGUGAUUGUUGAUGAAAAGUUACCAUUUUGAAAUUCAUGUAUGUUGUUGGGGUUGGAAAAAGGUGCUUCCUCCCAAAUUUUCAGCUAAAAAUAUUCGGUGCUUUUCCGGGAAAUCAGAUUUUUCCAAAAACACUAAAAUACCAAUAUCUCUGCUCCUACUAAGAAUAAACGUAUGCUCUUUUCACGUUCAGACGUAACUUUUUACGCCCGACAACUUUGCCGUUGACAAAUUUUGCGUAGGUCAAAGGUCAAGGUCACUAAAUUACAAAUUUCACUUUUAAACGCAAUUUUCGCAAAGAAGCACCCCUCAGAUUUUUUUCGCAGUAUAGGAAAAAAUGUAGCCCCAAGUGUGUAGAACAAAAUACUUGAUUUUCGGAAUGGUAACUUUUACUGUUAAAUUUAUAAUACUAACUAAAUAUAAAAAAACAGUGAAAAAUCACUUUUCCGCAAUAGAAAUAAAUUUUCAACCAGCGAUAACUCUGUUUCUGUUACAGAAACGACAAAUUGUGUAAUGACAAAAUGUGUUUGUCUUGACUUUCUGCAUCCAACCAUGUAUCAGUUAAGAAGGUCAGGUCACCUAAGGUCAUUGACCUCGGUGACCUGUGACCUUUAAACACGAUUUUGCAAGUUUUCUGUGUAGGAAAUAAUAAAACCUAUUUAAAUUAAUAUUAUAUAAUAUUGACCGUUUCUUUUUCCAUUGAUUCCAUAUAUUCCCCCUAUAUUCCUAAACCCAGCAUGGUCUUUUCUCAUGCAUUGCGGUGGCGAAAGUGGAUUUUUGAUUAUUUCGACGUCUCAUAGAUGCGGAUUCGCGAAAUAAAAUUGUUUUUGUUUACUUUUGAGCGGUAAGCCUGUUCAAUUGGAGUUUCGAGUUGAGCUUAAAGUUGGAUUAUUAAUUUGAAUUUAAAAGAAUAAUUUGGAAGAUUUAGUAGAUAUCCCAUUGCUUGUUUUAAUUUUAGGGUUUGAAGAUUUUUUUAUUGAAUUUUGUACAGAGUUUUGGAAGCAAAAUUUAACUAUAAAUACAUGCGCCAACGAAUGAAUAGAAUUGUUAACUGUUAUAAACACAUAAAACACAAUUCCUUAAUUACACCGUUAAUUAAUAUCAUUAUGAUAUUUAAGCACUCGCAAAUUAAUUAUGUAUGCUCUUGAAUACGUAUGCAUGUACGUAAAUUUUUUUGUUUAAAAAUAAACAAUGUACAGUUAUUUAUUAUUAUCUAUAUCAUCUUAAGCAUUCUUUUCGUUUUCGCCCAACCGCAGGACAGAUUUUGGAGCUCAACCGUGGCUGCUAUUUUAAAAUUUUAAUGAAGUUUUAAUAUGCAACCACAUAUUUUAUUGAUAUUCAUAACGGUAUGUAAUAUGAAUUUUAUAUAUUCAUGCAAAAAUUCGAUUGUUGUCGUCGUCAUGGAGACUUGUUUGAAAACUUUGAAGAAGAAAACGGUUUUUCCGCUUGUGCAACAAUCAGAAUUUUCAAACUAAAAUUCAUUGCUCUUUCUCCAUUCUGAACGUCAACAUGUCUCUUCAAAAUUGUCCCCUGAAGUUCAGAAUUCCAAUUGAUCAUGUUUCGGAUUCCCUGGUAGGACACUUGAUGCGUCCCCAGGAAAGAGAACAAGAUCUGCACCAAGAGAUGAGCGCCUGCGUAGCUCUCCUAAUUGUGGUGGAAAACAAAGUGUGAACACCCGGACACCAUAGACUUUGGGCUCAAGGGUGCUCAGUUAAUCGACGAGAUCAUUGCCUUAGCCAAAGAGCGCUCCUAGGUCGGCAUCGAGACCAUCAAGUAUGCCGACAAUAUAGGCACUGUCGACCUGAGCUUCCUGAGCGACACCUUCAAGUCUUUGGUGAUCCAAGGCCACCUCUCGUCCCUCCCCAACAAAAUUAGUUUCGUGCUGCUUGUGAAGAACGGAAAAGCAGCGUCACCAAGCUGGGGGACCAGAGAGUAUGGAGGCAAACUUCAAUCUCUGUGUAUGCAAGGGCUCCCUCAGCUUGAAGAUGAAAUUCGAGCGGAGCGUUUGGAGAGGGAGCUGCAGGAGGUAGGCCAGACCGCUGUCUUGACCUGGAGAAGCAGCUGCUGAACGAGGGAUGAUCUUGAACGCAGGGAGAUUGAGCUUUUGAAGGAGAGGGAGGCGUUCGAGGAAGAGAAAAAUAAGUUUGAAGAGGAGGUGGCUGCCAAGCGGCAAAAACUGAGCAAGGAGGAACACGACCUUCGUAUCGUAGCAGCCUUCAAGUCCUCCUUGCUCGGUAGGGCAGUGCUCCGACUGACUGCCUCUUCAGUCCCUCUGACAGUGGAACUUGAAAACACCAACAAGCCUGCUACGCCCGACUCUCAGCCGCCCAUCUGCUAGCCUGCCUAUGCCGUACCAACCCUGUCUCGUGAUCCGCCUGCCCAAAUGGAGGCCCUGAAGCUUUAUUGUAUCUCUCAUGCAGCAUUAAAAUCAGUCCCAUCUAAGCUAUAUAGUCGCAAUUAA